GAUGAUAAAUAAAUGGAAGUACAUAUUUUUGAUUCGUUGAUAUAUUUCACUAUACCAAUCAAUUUUCUUAAAAAUUUGACCAAUCAUAUGAAGCCUAGGAACUUAAAAUCUCAUUUUUAUCUAGUGAAAUUUCUUUAAUAAAAAGAUACAAAAACAGAAGAUAAAAAUAGAAAUGACACGUGUAUUUUUAAAUAAUUUUGUUUAAUUCGCGAUAAUUCAUGUAUUAAGAAAAAAUGGGAAAGCAAAAGAGACAAAAAAAUAGACCACAUAAAAGAAAUCCUACGGGACUUCUAUCUGUUAAAGAUUUUGAAACAGAAGAAAUUGAUGAUGUUAUGAAUGAUGAUCGGGAAAGUGCUUUACGAAGAGUAUAUGAAGAAAUACAAUCCGUUAAUAUUGAAGAGAAACUUUCAGGAUUACAAACGAUUGAAUCAAUGUCUUAUAAUUCGACUCUUGCUGUGCAAAUUACAAAAAAUGGAAUUGCUAAAAUAAUAGGUCCAUUACUUGUUGAUAAAAAUAUUCUUAUAAGAACCAGUAGUGCAAGUACUUUAAGAUAUUUAGCAGAUAAUGGAAAAAUGGAAGCACAUAUUAAUUUAUUAAAUGAUGAUAUUAUGAGUCCAUUGUGUACUUUGUUAAAACAAUAUUAUACAGAUUGGCAACCAAAAGAUCAUAAUGAGAAAAACAAAGCAAUUGAUGAAAAAGAAGCGUUCAUUCAAGCAAUUACAUUAUUAUGGACAUUAUGUGAACACAAUGAAUUUGCUGUAAAAUGUUGCAAUGAAAAUGAUAUUGUUUCUAUUUUAACAAAAUUUUUUGAUAUCACUAUUUAUGGUAUAGAAAUUGCUACAAUUAUUACACAAUGUUUAUUAUCUUUGUCAGAAGAUAAUAUCAGUGCUAUUAAAAAACUUAAAAAUUCUGAAGAUACACUUAAUCAAUUGUUAAACACAGAAAUAAAUAAUGCUAGUGUUUCUGAAAUAGCUUGUUUUAAAACUGCUAUAAGUGGUUUAUUAAUUAAUUUGACUAACUGUGAAGAAAAUCUUUCUAUGAAUAUAAUCUGCAAAGUGAUAAAUGUAUUAUCUGAUACUCUUUCCAUUGAUUGUAAGCAAUUAUUAUCCAAUUUGGUUUCAAUUUUACCCUAUGAAAAAAAUGCCUUUUCUAUUAAUGCAAAAAAAAAAGUACAAGAUAGUAGAAGGGUUUUUGGUGCACAGCAGCAAGCAUUAGAGAUUUUAGCCAAUUUAUGUUCAGAAGAUCAAGAAAAUGAGAAUGAAUCUGAUUUAGAAAAUUCAGAUUAUGAAAUUGAAAACAUAGAUGAUGUUUGUAUGGAUGAUAAAUUAUAUAAAAUCAUGUUUUCUUUACCAUUAGAAAUAAUUGAAAUAUUUAAUAUUUGUAAUAUAAUAAGUAAAGUAUGGGACAAAACUAGAAUUAUGAACAAAGAUACAUUAGAAAUAUUAGAACAAAAUGUUGAAGGAAAAGAUAUCUUAAAGCAAGUUCACACUCUAAAUUGUACAGCCUAUUUGUGUUUAAAUAAUUUAAUAUCAUGUUUAGAAAUUGAUGCACUUGGUGGUAUAGAAAAUGUAUACAGAAUGUGGACAGAAAUUGGAACAAUCGUUUUCAAGGAUACAAGUGCAAAUGAUAUAGAAUUAUUAGAAUCCGCUACAGCAGCUAUGAGAGCUGCUAUUCAAAAAUUAUCAGAAGAGAAAGUAAAUAUUUUUAACUCUUUAACACUAGCUGAUGUUCAACCAAUGUUAAACAGAGAACAACAAUGUUUAAAUGCUAAUAUUCAAGUAAAUUUGAUACGAAUAUUAGGAAAUUUGGCUUUAAUUUUAAGGAACAAUGAUACAUCUGAAGCUCGUGAAAUAAUUAAACAUAUAUCUAUAUUUUUGUUGGAUGCUUGUAUGUUAGAAUCAAAAGUUUGGGUAAUGGCAGAAUUUUUGGACACAAUAAUAGAUAUAUAUGCAGAAGAUAAUAGUGACCAAUUAGCAAAUGAAAUUAAAUUGCUAGAAAAAUUACAAAUCUUAAUACCAUGCUUUAGAAAUAAAAUGAGACAACAAAAAAAAACUUUAGGAGACAAUGUUGCAAUAGUGUCCACAGUGAAUAUGAAUAUUAUGAAAUUUAUAAGGUAUAAAGAAAAAAGGAUGAGAGAUCUUUAAAAGAUUCAUUCUGUUUUUUUAUACAUUAACAAUUUUUAUCAAUUAUGUGUUAGUACAUUAAUGUACUAAAAUUUAAUAUUUACAAUGUAAAUAUAUAUUUAUAUUAUGAAAUAUUAUUAACUAAUUCUUAAAUUGUAAUAAUAAAAGCUUUGUGUAUUAAAGCAAUUAUAUUUUAAAUUUUAAAUUAAAUUAAAGUUCUCGAAAAAAUCGAUUAUAUGAAUAUUUAUAAUUUUAUAAAAUUGAAAAUUUUUUUACAGAACAAUGCACGAUUUAUAUAGAUAAGAAACAGCACAAAUCUAAUAUAAUUUUUGUAUUAAUAGCAUUCAUGAUCACAAAAUUUAUAUUUGUAUAAAUUUAUAUGUUAUAUUAGUAUAAAAGUUCAUUUCCAUUUGAUAUGAUGAUUCAAAUGAUAAUAAUACGCAUAUUUUUACAUCAAUUUUUAAAAAAGUUGUAUCUCGCAAUAUGACGCAAUAUUAAUCUGUUUAAGAAAUAUUAAAAAUAAUUUCAUUCAUAACUGCUUCAGAAUUUAAAUUUAAACAGAUGAUUAUGUAUUUAAUGAUACUUAAAAUGAUCAAGAAAAAAUUUAAGCACUAAAUAAAUACACAUGUACACAAUAUUUAUACAGUCUUUAAAGAUAUCUCAAAAUUAACAGGGAUAUUCUUCUUUAAUUUAAAGACCAAAAAGAUUG